AUGCAAAGUUUUUCAAGAAAAAUUAAUCAGCAAUUCGGUAUAAUAAAAUUCUGUUCCUUUUUUGAGAAUUUAUUUCAAAAUUUCCAGCAUCAUGAUUUAAUCACAAUUCUUGCAACAGAACUUCGUGCAAAACCAAAAUCAACAGAUCCACUUAAAUUCGGACAUCAUUACACCGAUCAUAUGUUUGAGGUAAAUUGGCAAUCAGGAAAGGGUUGGGACGCUCCGACAAUAUCGCCCCUUCACAAUCUGUCACUGCAUCCUGGUUCGAAGGUGUUCCAUUAUGCAAUUGAAUUAUUUGAAGGAUUGAAGGCAUAUAAGGGUAUUGAUGGAAAAAUUCGGUUAUUUAGACCAGAUAUGAACAUGCAGCGCAUGCGACGAACAGCUGAAAGAGCAUCCUUACCAGAUUUUUCUGGAGACGAGUUGUUGAAAAUUAUCAAUGAUUUGGUGCAAAUCGAGCGUGAAUGGAUACCAAAUUCACCUAUGACUUCUUUAUACAUUCGACCAGCAUUUAUAGGAACUGAUCCAACACUUGGUGUAGGCAAAUCCUCAUCAGCUAAAUUAUUCGUUCUAACAAGUCCUAUCGGACAGUAUUGGGACGAAUCAGUGGAAGGUGAAAAAGCUGUUUCGUUGCUAGCCGACCCAGCUUAUGUGCGCUCGUUUUAUGGUGGUGUUGGCGCUUAUAAAAUGGGAUGUAAUUAUGCGCCAACGAUUUUUGUUGCACAAAUCGCGCACCAAAAACAAUGCCAACAAGUUCUUUGGUUACAUGGACCCAAUGAAAAUAUCGCUGAAGUUGGUACAAUGAAUAUUUUUGUGUUUUGGAAAAAUGAACAAGGAGAAGAAGAAUUAAUUACUCCUACAUUGUCCGGUGAGAUAAUUCUUCCUGGGAUUACACGUGAUAGCAUAAUAACGCUUACCCGAGAAUGGAAUGAGUUCAAGGUUAUUGAAAGAAAUAUAAGCAUGGCUGAAAUUCGAAAGGCAACCAAGGAGAAGAGGAUUCUUCAAAUAUUUGGAUCAGGAACGGCAUGUGUUGUGACACCAGUCGGACGAAUUCUUUACAAGAAUAAUUCGACCGAUACUUAUGAAGAACUUUUAAUACCGACAUUGCAAUGUAAAGCAAAUGUCAUGCAAAGAUGUCGUGAUGCUAUCAGCGAUAUUCAAGUAAGCAAGUUUCUUGUCUUUAAUUCUUUUUUAAUAUAUUGUUUAGGAUUUUCUUAUUAA